AUGGACAGCUCUCCCGCCUCGCCUUUGGCCCCCAGGGAUCCCAGCUCCCCUGAAUCUUCGAUCGGCGAACAAAUCGCCACUCUACAGGCCCAGCUUGCCGCUCUGCAGGCCUCGCAACCCGCCGUCGCCGCAGCCGCCGCACCCCCGGCCGUCACCGUCGUGCCGGGGAACGCCGCCACCGCAUCCAAGGUCGUGUUUCCCAAGCACGCUCGUCUGGACGGCCCCAAGUCGUUCACCAACUGGUUGCGUCAACUCCGUCUUGCACUCCCGAACCAGGUUCGUGGUUACGUUCUCGACGGUGUCGUUCCCCCGACCUGGACCGCCGACCAGCUUGCCGCACGUGACGACGCCGCCCGGGAAAUCAUCGUUGGCUCUAUCGACUCCGCCGACGUAUCGGCCACCCUCGACGCCAUCCCCAGUAUUCGAUCAACUCUACUACGUCAGCGAUGUAGUUAUAGCCAAGAGUGAUGAAUGCAUUUCAACAUACCUAUUCGAUCAACUCUACUACGUCAGCGAUGUAGUUAUAGCCAAGAGUGAUGAAUAGGAAGCUAACAAUAAGAGACCCGCGCGCCCCAAGUCCACAGCCAGCGAGCCUGGGGCUGAGCCAAUGGCCCAGGCUCGCUCCGCGCGCCUAAGUCCCAGGCUCGCUUCGCGCGCCUAAGUCCUGGGCCGGGGCGCCCGGCUCACUCCGCGCGCCUAAGUCCGCGCCCGGUUCGCUCCGCGCGCCUAAGUCCUGAGCCGAGCGGAGAGUGGAUUCCUCGUCGGCACCGCGCAUCUUUGCCGCUCUCAAGGCUCGUUUUGCACCGGACGACGCUACACGCACUCUCGAGUUGUUCGCUCGCCUUUGGGACUUCAGGAAGAUGCCUGCCUCCGUCGAGGCCUACGACACUUGGCUACGCGAGUACAUGUCGAUUGCUCAGGAAAUACGCGACGCCAAAACAUCGCUCAACGACGUGCUCGCCACCCACGUGCUCGCCAUGGUCCCGUCUUGCCUCGACAGCUUCCGACUCACGUUCACGGACGAGCAGCGAAACCGACGCGACCUUCCCGAACUCACGACGCUUACGGACCGCAUUCGCAUCCAGCUUCGUUCGGCAGGACUCUCGACCUCGCAUUCGGCCAUGCUUGCCACCAGCUCCCCCUGCCCCGCCUGCCGCGCUCCCGGUCACCGCCUGCGCGACUGCACUUCACGUGCGAAGCACCCGCCCACCGGCCCCUGCCGCCGAUGCCACAAGAAAGGUCACUGGGCACUCGACUGCAAGAACCGGGGUGAACAGGCACGUAGCAGCGACGACACCCAGGACGACACGUCUUCCUCCGCGGCCUCGCAACCGAACGUCGGCUAUUUCGCCUCCUGCCUCUUCGCUCGUCGCCAACUCCCAACUGACGCCUUUGUAGUCGAUUCGGGUGCCACGACACACAUGGUCGCCGACCGAUCUCUAUUCACGACUUAUCGUCAGACGGCACACACCAAGAUCGGCGGCAUCGCGGGCGGCAUCACGGCUAUCGGCAUGGGGGACGUGGCAUUCGUCGCCAAGACUGGACACCCGAUCACGCUCCGUGGUGUUCUUCACACGCCUGGCCUACACGUCAACCUCCUCUCUGUCUCUCGCCUCUGCGACACCGACCGCGUUCGUCUCGCCUUCACCAGCGACGGCAUCGACAUCGCCAAGGACGGCCGGGCCAUUGCUCACGGUACCAGGGUCAACGACGGUCUUUACCUUUUGGACGCGGAUCACACCAAGUGUCAGCAUCUUGCCUUCCUCUCACGCUCUGAGUCUCCCGUGCCCCUGCUUACCCUACACCGCUGCCUCGGCCAUCUUGCCCCAUCCUCUAUACAGAAGAUGAUUGCUGCAGGUUUGCUGGACGGGUUUGGGGCCGGGUACAGUGACAAAGACGUAGAGGAGUUUGUUUGCAAUGCUUGCCUUGGUUCCAAAGGUCACCGCCUUCCCUUUCCCGACUCUGAGUCGCAUUCCGCCGAGAGACUUGGCCUCGUGCACAGCGACGUCCUGUCGUUCCCCACUCCGUCCUUGACCGGGAAGCGCUACCUUGUCACGUUUCUAGACGACCACUCUCGCAAACUCUGGGCAUAUGCGAUCGAUCACAAAAGCGAUGUUUUCCCGACCUUCCAGACUUGGCUCGCCGAAGUGGAGUUAGAGACGAACGCGCGGUUGAGGAUCCUUCGAACCGACAAUGGCGGGGAGUACCGAUCAAACGCAUUCACGGAGUUCUGCAAAUCCAAGGGCAUUCGUCGUCAAUACUCUAUCCCUUACACGCCUCAACAAAACGGUCGCGCCGAACGUGUCAACCUCUCCAUCGUCGAGGGCGUCCUCGCUCUCCUUGCGGACGCCCGUCUGCCGGCCACCUUUUGGGAUGAAGCGGCUGCGUAUUUCGUUUAUUGCAAAAACAGGUGCUCACACUCAGCUUUGGCCAAACAGACUCCAGAAUCCGUUUGGAACGGCCAACGCACCACCGCCACCGCCCUCCACCCGUUCGGCUGCACAGCCUGGCUCACGGUCGCCCCGGACCUUCGCAGCAAGCUCGACCCCAAGGCCGCGCGCGUGAUCUUCACAGGUUACGACCUCGCCUCCAAAGCUUUCCGUUUCUUUGACCAUUCCAUCAACAAGAUUGUACUUGGUCGCAAUGCCACCUUCCUCGACGACGACUUCCCCGGCCUGCCAGUCACCACGCCCGUCGAUGCAGACGACACCGACCGUCAGUUCGUCGUUCCCGCCGACACGCCCGCCCCUGCCGUCAAGACGAGGACCCCACUAGUAAGGUCGGCGCACAUGGACGUCUCAUCCUCCCUUGAUGAUUCUGCCAUGAGCGCCGUUGACGUGGCCCCAGGGUACACUGGCGGAACCUUACUUAAUUCCACAGAUACCGAAUCGUCCUCGUCACCGUCUCCUGAGCCGUCCUCGUCACCGUCGCCCACAAACCCUUUGUCACCGUCGCCUGCGCUGUCACCGUCGUUGGCAGCGUCAUCGUCACCCUCGGUCUCACCGACCGACUCUGACUACUCCGCCGACCCUCUGGACCUCAUCGGCUCACAGACCCCGACUCGCCUUGGCCCACCGGACGUGCACCGCCCAGACUUCAGCACGUACCGUGAGCCCGCAUCGGCUGAGGAGUCGCCCGACGAACUCGACAUCAUUGGGCGUCACUCGCGCGAUGAAUCGCCGGAUGAAAUCGAUUUCCUCACCCAACACCACCGCGCCUUCAUCGCCACAGACGACGACGACCCCACCCUCGACGCCAUCGAGCCCGUCAAAUCGAUCACUAGCGACCCCCAGACCUGGCGCGAAGCAAUGUCCAGCGACGAGCACAACAUCUGGGCUGAGGCCGCCGCCGCCGAGUUCACCGCCAUGCGCGACGACUUCAAGGUGUUCACCAUCGAGCCUCGCUCAUCUGUACCGCCGGGCGCCACCAUCGUCACCUCCAAAUUCGUCUGGAAGACCAAGCGCAACGCAAGCGGUGAAGUCACGGGGCGGAAGGCACGUCUUGUAGCGCAGGGUAACCGACAGCGCGACGGCAUCGACUUCUCAGAAACCUUCGCACCCGUCGCCCGUUUCUCCUCCAUUCGCUGCCUCCUGGCUCUUGCCGCUGCCAAUGGCUACCACGUUCAUCAGGCCGACAUCGACAAGGCUUACCUCCACGGCGAGCUCGAUCAUGAUAUCUGGAUGACGACACCACGCGGUUUCGACUUCCCGAGCGAUAAGGUUCUCCGGCUGCGACGCUCAAUCUACGGUCUCAAGCAGGCCGGUCGCAUCUGGAAUCGUCACAUUGACACAUCACUCAGGAAUCUGGGGUACAAGGCAACAGGCACUGAUCACUGCAUUUACUCUCGCAUUGACGAUCAGCAGCGGCCUCACUAUAUCGCCUUGUAUGUCGACGACCUCCUCAUUGUCAGUCCAGCCCUCGACGAGAUCGAACGUGUCAUCUCCGGCCUUGAACAGCGGUACGGCGUCAAACGACUCGGCCCCGCGGAGUACAUCCUCGGAAUCCAAAUACGCCGCCUGGACGACGGUUCCAUUGCUCUAUCCCAGGAGCGCUACAUCAUGGACGUGCUGGCCCGUUUCCACUUCGACACCACGACACGCGGCACUACGGUGCCGAUGACGCCCGGCCUCUCGCUCACGGCAAUUCCGGGUCAGGGAACGGAGCGCAUUCGUUCGUGGUACCUACAGGCCAUCGGCUCCCUCCUCUACAUCUCCCUUGGCACUCGACCCGACAUUGCCUUCGCCGUCUCGUACCUGUCCCGGUUCGCCAACAACCCCGGCCGCCGCCAUUGGAUUGCCGUCAAACACGUCCUUCGCUACCUUCGCGCCACGUACCGCGAUGAGCUUCUCUAUGCCCGCGGCCCAGCAAAAGUCACGGGUGUGGUUGGUUAUUCUGAUGCGAACUGGGGCGCCUGCGUCGACACAUCCAUUUCAACGAUGGGCUACGUAUUUUACUUGGCAGGCGCCGCUGUCUCUUGGUCGUCGAAGCGUCAGACUCGGGUAGCGGAUUCCACCACUGAUGCCGAGUACCUGGCCUUGUCGCACGCGGGUAAGGAAGCGAUCUACCUUAACCAACUCCUCUCCGAGCUCCACGUUUGCCCAAUCGCUGCAGCUCACAUCUUCACCGACAACGAGGCCGCGGCCGCCGUCGCUCACGACCCCGUUCGCACCUCCGGCACCCGGCACAUUCGCCUCCGCGAGCAUUUUGUCCGUGACAUGGUCAAUCGAGGUGAUAUCUCUCUCUCACACGUUGGCACAGCAGACAUGGUUGCGGACGUAUUCACCAAAGCGCUAGGCCCCAAGAUUUUUGGUACACAUUGCUAUGCUCUAGGCCUCCGGACGCGACAUCCACGGCUCAAGUCUACCUCGCGUUCGCGUGGGGGGGGUGUGAGGAAUCCACUCUCCGCUCGGCUCAGGACUUAGGCGCGCGGAGCGAACCGGGCGCGGACUUAGGCGCGCGGAGUGAGCCGGGCGCCCCGGCCCAGGACUUAGGCGCGCGAAGCGAGCCUGGGACUUAGGCGCGCGGAGCGAGCCUGGGCCAUUGGCUCAGCCCCAGGCUCGCUGGCUGUGGACUUGGGGCGCGCGGGUCUCUUAUUGUUAGCUUCCUAUUCAUCACUCUUGGCUAUAACUACAUCGCUGACGUAGUAGAGUUGAUUGAAUAGGUAUGUUGAAAUGCAUUCAUCACUCUUGGCUAUAACUACAUCGCUGACGUAGUAGAGUUGAUUGAAUAUUUCGUUCGGCCGCGCAGGUCGCACGCAAGGUUAUACCCUGAUGCAAUUACAGCGGGGCCUCGCGGUCGAUCCGAAUGGCGAUCCGAUGGCCAUGACCGAAGACGGGUUCCACUGCGCGUACCUUCGCUUACAUGCUGAUCUUUUCCAAGGCUCCAUCGAGAGGCAGAAGGGUGCGCUCAACGCCGCUUUGCCACAAGAGAUCGAGAUCCUGGGCGCCAAGUACGGCUUGCGACACGAAUUCGAGACGCACUACUGCGCGGUGUGCAAUCGCGCCGGACACCAGUGGGGCGCUUGCAGGAAGCCGGUUUCGACUCCGGCCACCACCGCCCCUGUUCCGGGGGCCUCGACCUCGACUUCGACUUCGACCACCGGCUUCCGAGUUGCUGGAAAGAAUGGGAAGCACGGUGGGCCUGCCGCAUUGAACUCUCGUGUCUCUGGCGCGAACAUGAUCCAGCUGGGACCUCGUGCUAACCCCGCAGGUGCAGUAACCGCCAACAAGGACAACGCGAACGACGGCAACAACGAGUCGGUCGUUUCGACCGAACCGGAGGGCGGCGACACUGGGGAAGACACGUCGACGCGUGCGACCCUGGGCUCAACAAAGGAGACGCAGACGACGACGGCGGCGCCCGUUUCGACCCCGACCUCUCCUUCGCCUUUGUCCGGUGGCACGUCGGGAUCAUCGGCAACCUCGACAACCUCGAUAGCCUCGACGAGUCCUCGACGCCUUCGUUCGAGCUCGGCACCCGGCAACCGACGUGUCACCCGGGCGGGAUCCGCCAUGAUCCUCGGUGCUAUGAAGGAACAAUAUACCACUGCACCAAAAGGCGAGGCACCUCUACUUCAGUGA